GGAAAGGAUCGACACAGGGUGAGGUAUGAUACCGCCACAGCUGGAGCCCCGCGGCCUGAUUUUAUCAAACUGCAGUGGAGCAAUCGGCCUUUGCGAGACACAUCCAACUGACUGCUUUCCAAUGCUCUUCCAUUCAUCAAACUGUUUACAGAGCCACUGACCUCGAUGCCCUUGCAGACAGCUUUCCUUUGGCCCGAGUUCAACACAGCAUCCGUACUCUGUGCUUUAUAUCCUACUGUAAUUUAGGUUUCCCUCUGCCAAGCGACACCUCGCUUCAGCCCAAAACAAGCAGCCCUCAGCAAAAGCAGCAAACAGCCCCCAGCUUGGUCGGCAAGCUUCCCCGAUGUCUGUUCCACCAUCGCGAUAACGAUGGACGACCCUCGUGCUGCCCCCGAAGCGGCACAUCCUAGUUCCCGCAGCGCGCCGCCUGCCCUCCCGCCCACCACCCAUUCGGAUACCGGAGUAAAUGGCAGUGGCCAGCUGCCGCUGCGACCAUCAGGUCACGAGCUCCCUUUUGUCGCGCCGUCGUCAUACCUCCGCCCGAAGCCCGCCAGUCGCACAAUGUCAGAGCGGACUCCAAGUGCUCUAGACAGGGAGCAAAUGCAGGGUCUGCGGGGGAUUCGGGAGUUCCUCAAAGUCCGGACUAGUUACGAUGUGCUUCCACUCUCCUUCCGUCUUGUCGUGCUCGACAACGAUCUCCUCAUCAGAAAGAGCCUGAAUAUCCUCAUACAGAAUGGCAUCGUCUCAGCGCCGCUAUGGGAUUCCCACAACUCGACUUUUGCCGGCUUGCUGACUAGCACCGACUACAUCAACGUCAUCCAGUACUACUGCCAGUUUCCCGACGAGAUCGACCAAGUCGACCAGUUCCGUCUCAGCAGUCUCCGAGACAUCGAACGGGCCAUUGGGGUUCUGCCCCUUGAGACGGUGUCCGUCCACCCCAUGCGCCCGUUGUACGAGGCGUGCCGCCGAACGCUGAAGACGAGGGCAAGGCGAAUCCCAUUGGUGGAUGUCGACGACGAAACGGGCCGCGAGAUGGUCGUCAGCGUCAUUACGCAAUAUCGCAUCCUCAAAUUCAUCGCCGUCAACAACGAGAAACACACAAUCCUUCUCAAGAAAGCUGUGAGGGACAUUGGCCUCGGCACCUACACCAACUUGGUCACAGCGGCCAUGGGUAACUCUGUUUUGGACGUGAUCCACUUGAUGGUCAAGCACAACAUUUCCGCCGUGCCAAUUGUCGACGGGAAGAACAAAGUCUUGAACGUCUUCGAGGCCGUCGACGUCAUCCCCUGUAUCAAGGGCGGGGCUUACGAUGAGCUGUCCUCUUCGGUGGGCGACGCCCUCUCGAAGCGGGCUGAAGACUUCCCCGGUAUCUAUACGUGUAGCGAGGACGACCGCUUGGAUGCCAUCUUCGAGACUAUCCGCAAGUCGAGGGUUCACCGGCUGAUCGUCGUCGAUGACGACAGCCGGCUCAGAGGCAUCAUUUCGCUCUCUGACAUCCUCAAGUACGUCCUGCUCUAUGGAGAGGAAGAUGACGAUAUCCGGGCCGGCUAGCAUCGCUCUCCCGAUGGGACAGCCCUGCUCAUGCUCUCUGGGCUGUUUGGCUUGCGCUGGUACAUUUCCCACCCAAUCUCUCGAUUGCUUACUGAGUAUUUCUUGCAUUUGCAUGGCGUCGGGCCGGGUGGUGGAUAACGAAUACCAUGGUUGCAUGAAUUUGUUUAUCCAGGGUAUAGAUCUUCUUUCUUGUGCUCCUCUGGGGGAUGCGACACAGUCUUUUCUGCCACACGUCUACCGCCGGAAUUGAUUUGACGUGAUUUUGUGAGCACUGAGGAACUAAGGAAUCAGCUAAUACUAUGACAACACAACCAAUUUUCACUCCUUACCCAACCCGACACUCCCUGUUAGGAUGUCGCCCAGGUCUCCUUCUGUUUUCGUUCGGGG